UGGAAACCUCUUCCUCACUGAUGCACAGAAGGGAAGGUAUGGAAUUUCGGACAAGCUCGGCGCAGUAGCAAGCAUUCCUCAGAAAGCAUGAUACUGGUAAAAGAGAACACGGCGACGGAGGGACGGAAGAGGUCCGGUUCCAGGCAGAACAAGCGGGCCCUGGAUGCGGCCAUCAUCCUCGGAGGCGGAGGACUUCUCUUCACCUCUUACCUGACAGCCACGGGCGAUGACCAUUUCUACGCGGAAUACCUCAUGCCGGCCCUGCAGAGGCUGCUAGACCCAGAAUCAGCCCACCGCCUCGCUGUUCGCUUCACGUCCCUGGGGCUCCUUCCUCGAGCUCCGUUUCAGGACUCUGACAUGCUGGAAGUGAGAGUCCUGGGCCGUAAAUUCCGAAAUCCAGUAGGGAUUGCUGCAGGAUUUGACAAACAUGGGGAAGCUGUGGAUGGCCUCUACAAGCUGGGCUUUGGUUUUGUUGAGGUCGGAAGUGUGACUCCCCAGCCUCAGGAAGGAAACCCCAGACCCAGAGUAUUCCGCCUCCCGGAGGACCAAGCUGUCAUUAACAGGUACGGAUUCAACAGUCACGGGCUCUCGGUGGUGGAACACAGGCUGCGGGCCCGACAGCAGAAGCAGAUCAAGCUCACUGCAGAUGGGCUGCCCCUGGGAAUCAACCUGGGGAAGAAUAAGACUUCGGUGGAUGCUGCUGCAGACUAUGUAGAGGGCGUUCGUGUCCUGGGCCCCUUGGCUGACUACCUCGUGGUGAACGUGUCCAGUCCCAACACUGCUGGCCUGAGGAGCCUCCAGGGAAAGACUGAGCUGCGCCUCCUGCUGGCCAAGGUGCUGCAGGAGAGGGACGCCUUGAAGGGAGUGCGGAAGCCGGCUGUGCUGGUGAAGAUCGCCCCUGACCUCACGGCCCAGGACAAGGAGGACAUUGCCAGUGUGGCGAGAGAGCUGGGCAUCGAUGGACUGAUUGUCACAAACACCACAGUGAGUCGCCCUACCGGCCUACAAGGUGCUCUGCGCUCUGAGGUGGGAGGACUGAGUGGGAAGCCACUCCGAGAUUUGUCAACGCAGACCAUCCGGGAGAUGUACGCCCUCACUCAAGGAAGGAUUCCCAUUAUCGGGGUUGGCGGUGUGAGCAGCGGGCAGGAUGCGCUGGAGAAGAUCCAGGCAGGGGCCUCCCUGGUACAGCUGUACACGGCCCUCACCUUCCUGGGGCCGCCUGUCGUGGUCAGGGUCAAGCGUGAGCUGGAGGCACUUCUAAAAGAGCGGGGUUUUAACACAGUCACAGAGGCCAUUGGCGCAGAUCACCGGAGGUGACAGCUCCUACCAGACGCCCUAUCCAGAACGGGCGUACCUUGAGCCCCCAGUGACUGCAUCAUGAGAGGAAGCUCUGUCUCAAGCCAUGACCUUUGAACUGUGGGCCCAGCUGGACUGCACAAGUGUCCCGGGUGUCACUAGACAGUGGAGGCGUUCUCUAAUGAGACCACAGACUCUAGUGUCGCUUUCUGGGUCUAAGUCCUGGGAUCUCUCGGUAGUAUAAGGACAUUGGCUCUUUGGGAGGAAAAAUCGUGGAGAAAAUAAAGCCAUUUAAACCUGUUUUAAAAUCCUGUCCCUUCUGGGGGCCAGGUCUCUGCCCAUAUGCUGAAGGUCUUUCUGGGUCUCCACUCCCUGGUCUGCAGGGGGCUUCCCAGGACUCUGCCUUUCAGUUGACUUAAUUUAUAUUACAUCUGACUUUAUUUUGAGAAUAUUUCAUAGUCAAAAGUUGCAGGAGUAGUCAGUGAAGUCUAUGUGUCCUUCAUUUUGAGCCACCAGGAGUCACCAUUUGUCACAGUGGCUUCUCUGUCCUUCUCUUUCUCUGCACACACACACACAAAGAGAGAGAACAUUGCUGGCAUAUGCUAUUAUUACUGAAACAUUAGAGAUGGUGUCAUUACUUUCCCCCAUGAGAAGCCAGCCUGAUUCUCCAAAGCACAUGAUAUCACUGCUUAA